UAGGUUGAUGUGCCAUGAUUGUGUUCCAGCAGCUAUUUGCGUUAUCUGUGUUUAAUAGUUAUACCAGCCCACCUCUCUAGGCAUUUUAGAAUGACUACCCACCUCUCCGGCUUACUUUACUGGUGUCAGAAGUAGAAUGCAAGAGUUCCUGAAUCGGCCUAAAGAUUUAACGGGGGGAGUAGUGUAUAGUGUGUGCAUAAGAACCAGCUGCCAGGUUAACUCAGUUGGUUACUGUUAUAGUGCUGUUCCAGACGUCCACGGUUUGAGCCCCACUGCCUGCACACUCUUCCUCCUAGGAUUACUUUGCUUAUUUGCCUCUUCUUUGCACAUAAGCAUUAUAAGGUGUCCUCACUGGUUGCUGGAAGAUUUGAAGCACAAGUGUUACUGUGACCUGAACCAGGUCAUUGAAAAUGAGAAGGACAAGCAUGUUCUUCAAGAAGAGCGGUGUGAUGCAAAGCAAGUCUACUUCUCCACUUUAGCCAAGAAACUCUACCUGCAGUAUUUGGCACAUGACAAGUCCACCUGGCCCAGUGUUCAGGAAGGAGAACAAGAACUUAAGCAAGUUGAGAAUGAGGUGCGAGCUGUUAAAAAAACACUGUCAGAAGAGAAUGAUAAAGUCUACAAUAUCCUGGAGUCUGCCACCGAAGAUUAUACGAAACUAAAGGAAAAGGUUUCCCAGUUGGAGGAGAAACUUCAGGUGUAUCAGAAAAAGAAAUCACAGUUUGAGGCGCGACACCAUUUGGAUCCCAGCUUGGCCAGUGCAGCCAUUGAAAAAUGUGAGCAGGCUAUUGCAAGACUGGGUACCGAGCUAGCCAAUCUACAGGCCCAUUCAAAACAGUUGGGAACCAGUCUAGCCAAAAACCAGGACAAGCUCAUUUCUGUCUCCAGGGAUGGCAGGCUUGCCAGGGACAAACAGCAAAUAAAAAGACUUGCAGAAAUUGUCCAGUUUCUGGAGAAAGCUAGCCGGUUCCGUGUUCUAGACGUGGGAGAAGACCGGAUUCAACUGGAACUUCUUGAUUCAGCCCAGCACUCUCAUCUGCCCCAGGGAGGGGAGGUAAACCUGCAGAUUACACUCGUGUUUGAUACCAGCAUCAAGGAUAGGACUGUUUUGGCAGAUAUCAAGAUCAAUGUGGACCAUUUCAACUUGGGUGACAUUAUAGACUUUGAAGUGGCCAAGACUGACAUCCCAUACCUUCUACUUACUAUACAGGACCAUUGGGUGCGCUGUUUCCCCCUUUUAGCUGAAAUAGACCUGCUCAACAAGACUCAUGCCAUUGACUGGAUACAGGAAGAGUCUAAAUUGAGAGUACUUGUAGGGAAUUGUGGGAAAGCUAUGAUCACCCUAAAUGUUCCCAGUGGAUAUCCAUCAACAAGAGGAAUAACCCUGACAGAUAAUAGCUGUUUAGAAUUGGAAGAUACCCCCGGGGACAAUGCCACACUUCUUGAUUGGGUGGAAUUUCUGGAAAGAAAGUUUGAAAAUAUGGACAGUUGAUAAAAUAACAUUUUCAUUGAUGUCAAUUUUUUAUGAGCAGUUUUGUUGUGUUUAAAGAACUAUUUACAAGCAAACAUUUUAACUGUAAACAAAAAAGUAAAUAAUUUUGUUUGCAUUUUUUCUGUAUGUUUUAUGAAGUUUGCUGGAAAAAAAAUCAUAUUGCUUCAUAAUGCACCAUUUUCCAAAAUAUCAACAUAAAUGUGUGUUUAUAUAAAAAUAAAAAUAAUAA